AUGUUGGUUCGUAAGGUCCCGGUCCUGGCACCAGUCAACGACCCCGAAUUUGGUGCUAGUAACAGCAGCCCGUCAACUCACGCCCCCCUCCUCGAUUAUUUCCCGCCCACCCGCGAAGCACAAAUCCGCUGUCACCAAAGUGCGACUUCCUCUCCGAGUCCAGCUGUGGUGCGGAUAAAGACAGUCAUCGAGCUUGGUACGAAGGCAUUCGUCAUCCGGGGCCAGCCUAAUUUAGAGAUUGGAGAAUCUGUCUUGCAGCUCCUCGCAUCGCUGCAUGGACCUUCAAGUGCCUCUUCCGAUGAUGUACAGCGUGUCAUCGACCUUGGAGGGGUCAUUGUUGGCAAGACCAAGACUGUUGAGUUUGGAGGGAGCCAAGAGGUUAUUGGCGACUGGUGCGACUACUUUGAUCCCAUGAAUGUCCGUGGUGAUGGAUAUCUCGCUGGGACUGGGAGCAGCACCGGAUCAGUUUCACGCCUAGCAGCAUACCCGUGGCUUGAUACCACUUUGGGUACAGAUGGUAAGCUAGAACAUUUUGCAUUGUUGAGUACUCUGCUGGAGGCCAAACACGAGAUUGAUGAGACGGCUGGGAUAUUUCACACUCCCGGUUUCCUAGGAAGAGAUAUCCGCAAAAUGCAUGAGUUCGGUCGUCAUUGGCUCCAAAACUCCUCCAAAGCUGAAGUGAGCACUACGAACGCCAUUGAUGUCGCCUUGACUGACGACGCUGCAGACUCUGAGGCCGAAACGUGUGUUGUUCCCACGGGAGUACUGAUCCGACCAUUCCGGUGUCCAACAGAUUGCUGA